ACCUGGCAACCCUCUGGGCCUCCGUAAGGCGCUCCUUCAUCCUGGCACUUUACCUUCAUCCUGGUACCUCGAAAGUCCCGGACCAAAAACAGGAAGUGCAGGAUGAGCUCGGCAGCAGAAGAAGAACCGGCAGCUUUAGAAAGCGUGAAGCCCGUCACGUUAACUCAGGACAGUGAUGGGAGCAUCAUCCUACACUGUCCUUCAAACGACGCUGAGUCGGAGCCUCUGAACAAGAAGAUGCGAGUGUCUUCUGAAGACAGCCUGGAGAUGCCGCAGUUCUCCGUCGUCACCAUGUCUGAAAGCGACGACAGCUUCGAGGUGACGAUGACGGCCACGGCAGAGGGCGACCUCCCCGAGGAAGGGGUCACCGAGAUCGAGAUACUGCAUGAAGAUAGAGAGCAGAAAGCGGAGGUGUCCCCGGUCAGUCAGGCCUGGUUCACCACCAAGGAAGACAAGGACACGCUGGCUAACAAAGGUCACAGGUGGAAGCAGGGAAUGUGGUCCAAGGAGGAGAUAAACAUCCUGAUCGACAACAUCGACCAAUACAUGAAGCGCCGCGGCAUCCAGGAUCCAGCCGAGAUCAUUUUUGAGAUGUCUAAAGAGGAGAGGAAAGAUUUCUACCGCUCUGUGGCGCUGGGCCUGAACCGGCCGCUCUUCGCCGUCUACAGGAGAGUUUUACGGAUGUAUGACGACAGAAACCACGUCGGCAAGUACACCGCAGAGGAGAUCGAGAAGCUGAAAGCGUUGAGGGAAAAACACGGGAACGACUGGGCGACCAUCGGAGCCGCCCUGGGGCGCAGCGCCUCCUCCGUCAAAGACCGCUGCCGUCUGAUGAAGGACACGUGCAACACGGGUAAAUGGAGCGAGGAGGAGGAGCGGCGCCUCGCCGAAGUCGUCUACGAGAUGGCGGGCGUGUCGCCGGGGUCGGCGGUGACGGCCGGCGUCUCCUGGGCCACGGUCGCAGAUCGAGUUCGCACGCGGUCAGAGAAGCAGUGCCGAUCGAAGUGGCUGAACUACCUGAACUGGAAGCACAGCGGGGGGGCGGAGUGGACGAAGGAGGACGACCUGAACCUCCUACGCAGGAUCUCCAUGGUGAAGGCGGAGGACGAGAACGACAUCAAAUGGGAGGAUCUGGCGUGGGGGUGGAGCAGCGUGCGGUCGCCUCAGUGGCUGCGGUCCAAGUGGUGGAGCAUCAAAAGACAAGUCGCCAACCACAAAGACAUCCCCUUUAGCAUCCUCCUGAAGGGCCUGGAGGAGCUGAUGACGUCUUCACACGCUGCAUCUCUACCUGGAAGUCCCUCCUCUUCUUCGCUCCAGAUCCGACUCGCCCGCUUGGACGAGAGCAGCAGCUGCAGCCCCGCCCCCGGCUCCUUGGCGGCGCUGCAGAUUCCAGUCCAGAUCCCGCUGCAGAUCACCCACCUGUCAGCUUCAGACUCGGCCGCGGCUGCAGACGGAGACGCCAUCGCUCUGAACUCUGGAGCGCUGCAGACCUUCGAGAUCCUGCCGUCCUUCCACCUGCAGCCCACAGGCACCCCAGGAACUUACUACCUCCAGACAACGUCCAACCAGAGCCUCCCUCUCAGCUUAUCCAAUAACAGCACUGUAACCCUGACGACAAGCUCCUCCCCCUCCCCCCAGGAGCACAUCAUCCUUCACAGUCUGUCGACCGACGGCCUCUGCUCCGGAGACGGCGUCAUCAUCCAGACCGUCUCCUCUGACCCCGCCUCCUCAGAACCGCAGCUGGUUGUGGAGACGGAGGAGGAGGGGCAGGACCAGCACCUCAAUGUGGCAGCUCUCCUGGAAGACUCGGAGGCCGUCGUCACGACAACUGAGUCAGUAACUGAAGUUUAUGCAGAGAAGGCUGCAGCGGUGGAUUCUGGGAUGCCGUCUGGCAGCGAGGUACUCAUCGCAUCUCCUCCCAACAUCAGCAGCACCCUGACAGAUCCCAUCCUGGAGAACCAGGAAGGUUCUGACUGAAGUGGAAGAACCAGAGGACGACCCGAAGAGUUGAACCGUGAGUCUCUGGUGCCUCCUCUGUGUUGAAGAAGGACGUUUUUAACUGAAGCUUGAAGCUUCGCGGGGAAUCCUUGCUUGAAAUGUGAACGAACAUUUGAGCCGAAAAGCUGAAGCUGAUUAACUUUGGGACUCUAUAUAUGAGGGUAAAAAAAUCUAUUAAUCAUGACAACUUGUUUGGUGAUGAUGAGAAAAAAAACUAUUUAAACCUGCUUUCAUUUUAAACGUCAACAUUAUGAGAAACUGUAGUAAGUUAUUUUGAUAAAGUUCUGUUAUCAUACGAUUUGUGAUUCUCUGAAAUUCAUCCUGAAAUCUUCAGCUGUUACUUCACAGCAAAAUAUCACAAAUUAAAGAGAUGUGACGACUUUUUUAAAGCAGCUUUACGAACCUUAGAGACUGAUCCAUCCUAGAAGAGGCAGAGAGGUUAUGUGACGGUUUAUUGCUCCAUAAGUGACUCACAGGGGUGUAGAACUGUUUUUUCUUUCAUGGUGACAGACAGAGAGGACGGUUCGCUCCAGAACUACAGUUGGUGUUUGAACAUUAAAGGACGAAGCGCUGAAGA